GACAUACAACAACUUUGUAAUUUUAAUUCUUAGAGUUUUCUUUCAAAGGAAAUACAACAUUUUUCAAUUGAAUUGAUAGCCUAAUUUUUUUUUUAUAAAUAAAUUUUCUAAUGUCAAAUAUUUAUAUUUUAGCUUUAUCGUAAGAAAAUGUUCAAAUUAUUUUCAAAUUUAGUAAUAAAUCAAAAUGUACUGGGAACAGUGCGAAAUAUUUCCUCAUGUAAUGGUCCAUUAUUCUUUAGAGCAUCCAUACCAAUGUUUGCUGAACCUUUAAAAAAGAAAAAACGUUUGGAUCCUCAAAUUUUAAAAGCACGAGAGGAUAGAAAACGUAAAAAAGUUGAAAAAGCUAUAAAAAGACUUGAGAAGGUUUCAAAAACAUUAAAACCUAUUGAUGAGAUACAACUGAUGGCAGCACUUAAUAAUGAAAUAGGGAAUAGACAACGACCGCCUAUUGAUAUUAACAAUGAAAAACUUGAAGAACGAAUAAGAACAUUAAAAAUGUGGUCAAAAUAUAAGCAUGAUGAACAUAUUUUUAAUCUUCAAGUUCUAAGUGAUUUAGAAUACUCACAACAGCGAGCAUUAAAUGAAUUACGUGAAAUCUCUGAAGAGCUUUAUCAGGCUGCCAUUCAAAUAGAUGAAUCCUUGUUACCUUACACUUUAGAAGGUCCUGUAGAAACUCCUCCAAUUGAAAACUAUGAAAGUCCAGAUGGUGAAUAUACUGAUAUAUCAAAAAAAUGGGAUUAAACAAUAAAGUAGAUACAAAUAGACUUGUUCAAUAUUAAUUGAUGAUUUAAAUAAAAAAAUUACAAAAUGAAUUUUUAUUUCAAA